AAUAUCUAUUUAUCAAAUAUUUUGCAAUUGAGAGAGUAACAAGUUUUCUAUAAAUAUUUUCAGGCCAAUUAAAAAGUUACUAAUUAUUAAUGGAGGGAACACUGAAACUGAAUGAAUGAACCGAAAGAGGCUUAAUUAAGACCACCAUUAUUAUUAAUUGCGAGUGCCAUAACAGAUGUUGAGACACAAGGGUUUCGCAGUUUUCUCUCUUGCUAGUUGCCAAGUUCCAAGCCAGAACCAUAAAGUUCUCUCUGCCAUGACGCAACAAUUUCUUUCUCUCUCUGUAACGACGAUCCCCCGUUGUCCACGUUGCACUUACCAUUAGAAGGGGACAAAAUUUGUGGCCAAUGCUUGUAGGCAGAGACAUUGCCUUUUUAUAAGGUUGCGUCGAUACUUGAUUGUUCUCAUGCUGAUGAGAGUGACACAUAUACACGCAAUUAUAAGUUUAGAAUCAAAACUGUUAUUAAAAAAAAAAAAAAUAGCGAAAGGCCACUUCUUCAGCUAGCUCAUUGAAUUGCAGUUUAGCCCUUUGGGCUUGGCAACGAUCCUAUAAUGCCAGACAUAGGUCUCACUCUGAGGCUCUUUUCAUGGCGUUGAGAUGAUGGAGGACAAUGAUGAUGAUGAUCCAUGAUCUCUCCUUCUGUCUUGAUGAAUAAAACAAUCAAGGAUUCUUAAAUAUGACGGUGAGAGGAAAGACAGAUAUAAAUCCAAUUCUAUUGAAAUUUGGUGUGGCUUUAGCUUUUUCUCUUGCUGGAUUUCUCUUCUCUCGCCUAAUAACAAGAAGAACCAGGCCCUCUCCUACUCCACCCUCAAGCCACCCUUCAGGUGGUAAAGAUCAAAAUGAAGAUGGUCUUCAUGUUAUAAAGGCAGCAUCUAUUCCUUGCUUCACUGCUUCAGAGGCACAUAUUGUGGAUACUCAAGAAGCAACAAGUGUUAAUAAAGUGAUAGUUGAGAAUUCCCCAUCUGGUCACCCUCCCAGCUGUAAAAAUAGUGAUGAUGAAGGCGAAUUCCUCUUACCUGAGUUUAAUGAUCUUGGGAAGGAGUUGGACUUUGGAGUCACCAUUGUUAGAGAUUCUUACAAGAAAGAUGCAGAAACACCAAGAUCAAGGGAAGAAUCUCCCAAACCAUAUGUAAUUCCACAAAAGGAUGACUAUGAGGAAGAAAUCCAGUAUUUGAGGAGCAAAAUUGAAAAGCUUCGGGAGAGGGAAAAAGAUCUGGAGGUUCAAUUACUUGAGUACUGUGGUCUGAGAGAGCAAGAAAAAGCUGUGAUGGAGCUUCAAAAUCGAUUGAAGAUAACUAUUACAGAGAUGAAGAUGUUAAAUCUGAAGGUCGAGACCUUACAGUCUGAGAAUCUGAGAUUGGAGUCUCAAGUGGCUAAUCAUGCUAAUGUGGAGGCUGAGCUUGAAGCUGCAAAAGCAAAAAUCCAACUGCUCCAGAAGAAACUUAGGUAUGAAGCUGAACAGAAGAGGGAACAGAUCAUAACCCUUCAAAAGAGAGUUGCUAAGUUGCAAGAGCAAGAAAUGAAAGUUGCUGCUAGUAAUAAAAAUAUUCAAGAAAAACUGCAAAAACUGAAGGAUCUUGAGACUGAGGCAGAAGAGUUGAGGAAAUCUAAUUUGAGAUUGCAAAUUGACAAUUCUGAAUUGGCUCGGAGAUUGGAUUCUACGCAGUUCCUUGCCAAUUCUGUUCUGGAAGAACCUGAGGUAGAUGCUUUGAAGGAAGAAAGUGAGCGUCUUAGACAACAGAAUGAGGACUUAAUGAAGGAAAUUGAGCGACUACAAGCCGAUCGGUGUUUAGAUGUUGAGGAAUUGGUGUAUCUGCGGUGGAUAAAUGCUUGUUUAAGGUAUGAACUACGGAAUUAUCAACCGCCACCUGGUAAAACAGUGGCAAGGGAUCUAAGCAAAAGCUUAAGCCCUGCGUCUGAGAAGAAAGCCAAGCAGCUUAUAUUCGAGUAUGCGACUACUGAUGGCAUAGGGGAAGGAGGAGUCCCCAUUGUAGACUCUGAUUCAGAUCGAUGGUCCUUCUUCUCCCUGGCUUCUUUUCUCUCAGACUCUGCAGAGUGUGAUGAUUAUUCUUCUGUUGACGAUUCAUCUGUUGCCAAAACUAACACCUCAAGCAAGGCUAAAUUUUUCCGAAAGCUUAGACGGCUGCUACGAGGCAAACAUGGCCAUGAUCGUCGUCAUCAAGAAGGUAGCGAUUUUUCACAUUUUAGUCCCAGCAAUGUAACAGAAGAUGAAGCUGGAGCUGUAGGUCACUGGAAUGAAUUUGCAGCGCCCACUUGGGCAUCUAGAACUUCCUUUCAAUCGCAGGGGGUGACAAAUUUAAAGGAGAAACGAGGGGCAAUGAGGAAUAGCAUUGACGUAGGAGGAUCAGAGAGAUUCAUUCAUAGUAUGGUAGGUUCUGGAGAUUUUAAAAACCGACUUGGUUCUUUGCCAGAUUCCUUGGACACAGCGAAAUCUGAGUUGGUGAAGUACGCAGAAGCUUUAAAAGACACUAGUGUUGGUGCCUCAUGUAAGUUGCAUAAAAGAUCAGCAUCAUAUCUAUAGUUCAUUUUAACUUGCAACUGACAGAUUUUGGAUUAACGGGGUAUACAGUAGUAAAUGCUCAUGUAUCAUAUCGGCCAUUUGGUCUAUUUAGAGACUAAAGGUCUUAUAAAUAAGAGUAUAUUCUAAAUCAUGAGUUACCAUGUAUCAUUAUUGUGCACAAUUUUGGGGGUCAGAGUAUAUAAUAAGCUCCUGUUGAUCCUGA